ACCUCCAUCUCUACUCGCUUGACACGUGGCAUCAGCCUCCAUGGAUAUCUAUUUAGUACUUACUUCGGUUUUAAUCAUUAAGAUUGUCUCUCACUUCCUCUCUCUAUAAAUUUCAAUCUCUCUCUGUACUUUCUACUGUUUCUGAAUGAACUUCGCAAUCCCCACUCGAUCUCCUCCUCCCUGUGAUGAAGACGAGUCUGAUGGAGAUGUAUUUAACGAAGUAGAGAUGGAGGUCGCCGAUAUACUGCUCGAACUUCCGUUUCUUAUAGCCAAAUUGGAGGCUCCUUUGCAGUGGGGCACCAAAAGGAGAAGAUCUGCGUUAGAUUCGCCACCGUCGCCUCCGCCGCGGAGAACAGAGAGAGGACCCAAAUUCGUCUUCGAGUCUUCGAGUCCGGCGAUGCCUCUUUCUUUCCCGCGGAGUGAAUCCGACGAAAGGCCCCAGCACUCGCACAAGAAGCCCUCCAACAAAAGGUCAAGAGAAGAAUUGUUGGAAAUUAUAAAUGAGUCAACUCAGCGUAAACAAUGUCUAACUGAGUCGGUAGAGAAGGUGAAAAGACACUACGAGGAGUUAUUGGCAACCAAUUUAGCACUUAAACAACAUCUAAAUUUUUGGCGUGGAAGAAGUCAAACCCAAAAUCUGGAAAUAGGGCAAGCCAAUUUACAUGGUCCAUAUAUGGUUCAUCAGCAUAGAUUCAUUCUGAAUCAGACGAUGUAUGGGAGUUCUAGGCUGGUGGUCCCACAUGGUGCUCCUAAUCACAACGGCAGCAACAACAACAUCGUGUCUGCUAAUGAUUCAUUGGUGAUGGAGUCUCCACAGCCAUUCGAUCUGACCACUAUGGUUGUGAUGAUGGGUAACAGAACCAAAGCUGCCGAAGCACGAAAGCACAGAAUGACAAAAAUGAAGCAUUAUUUCAGAAUCAUGAAACCAAUGCCAUCUAAAAUGUACACUUGAGAAAUUCUAUAAAAAUUUUGCCUCAUUCUUAUUUUA